CAACAGAUAUAAAACGUAGGCAACGAUAGCCACGACACCACACGGACGACACGAGGGAAGGCACCAUUCGCACACACACACUCCAUCCGUUCCAUUGCGUGGCAUGAGUCAGUUGCGUCACACACACCCGACUUGUCACUUGUCAGGCGAUGUACGUAUUCCCCACCCUCGUACACCCACACACACAGACCCACACACCAUCCAUCCAUCCGUCCAGCACUUCCCCAGCCCCCGGCCGCACUGCACGGCCUAUCACUCUCUGGGUGGCGAAGGGAAGGCAGACAGAGGUGGAGAAUGGCAAAAAACAAGCUCUCUCCGUGCACGGCCUGCAAAAGGCGGGAGAAAUGGAUAAAUGGAACCAACAGAUAUAAAACGUACGCAACGAUAGCCAGAGUGGCUGCCUGGCGCCCACUUUGACUGGCAUCUCUGCCGCAGCAUGAGAACGGGUGCUGCAGGAAAAAGGAGGGUGGCUCAGCCCCCUUCUCCUUCUGCCGCUGCUGCUGCUGCUGCUGCUGGGCCUGUUGCUGCUGGGCCUGUGGAGUCUUCCAUAUCAUAAUCUCUCCGCCGUCGCUGUUGGCCUCCUCAUUCUCUGCACGACCUGACACAUCCAACACAUCCGACCAACACAUCCGACCAACAAAAACAAGUGCAGUGCAGUGCAGUGGACACCAUACACACGUGAUUGGAUUGACAGACACGCCCUGCCCUGCCCUCUCCCUGCCCUGUACGUAUGUAUCUGCUUUGUGGCUGGCACUGGCUGCUCACCUUGUUGCGUCUCCUCCUGCUGCUGCAUGGCCUGCAUCAACUGCAUGGCCUGCUGCCCCGAGUGACACUGACGAGGACAAAUCACAGAGACAGAGGUGGGAGCCAUAUGAAUGGCUUGAGUGCUGGGUGCUAUGCUGCCCUGCCACUUACGGGUUGCACUUCGAAUGGCGAGGGCUGGAUCCAAUCUGGGAGAGACUCCGCUGACACAAGCAGACGAAGAGUCAGUCAAUCAGAUGUUCAUAUCACGCGAUGGACUGAUUCUCACUCUCUACCUGAUUGGGCUCUUUGUGUGCGCCCCUCUCCCGCAUGCAAGUCAUGUCGGAACUUUUCGACUCCGCUGGGUCCAGUAAUACCUCCUCAGGCAGCGCACCUGACAUAACGUACGUACAUACAGACAGACGAGAGAAGAGGAGCUGACACGAAUGAAGGCUCGCCCGUCCGUCGUGUGUGUCUCGUGUGUGUGUGUACCUAGUCCGAUCAUGGGGUCUGUUGGUGGUGGGCUGAGCCGACCGACUGCAGGCACACAUUGAUGGAUGGAUGCUGCAGUGUACUGGCUCUCCUUCCAUACGUACAUACUUAUGAGAUUCAGCAGCACAGGGUGUGAUUCCUCCGUUCCCCAGUCUGGUCCCAAUAAUUGAUAGAGUGGGCGGUCGAGGUCUUGGUCACUGUGAACGACAGACACACAUACACACACACACACACACACACACGUGGGCUCGGCAUGCAAAGAUGCAUACACACGCACCUCGUCUCUGUGAAUUUUCUCUGUGCCCGGAACACCGCCGCCGGUUUUCAUGUCUUUCUGCCACACCUGUCCACAUGCGUCAAUACACGUAUCUUCAGAGAAAUAUACAGGCAGGGAGGUCCCCCACGUGGAUCUGCAGCUUCUCUCGGUGGGUAUCAUGACGCGCCACACGCACAAUUGAAACGUCCUGAAGAAUACACACAAGAAUCAGCCAUAUGUGCGAGCGAGUUGCGCACGUACCUUUAUCUCUUGCGCGAUGAGCAGGCGGCUCAGCGGUGUCGUUACGUACUUCUCCAGGUACCUUGAUGGUGCAUAUGUGAAAGGAUGUGCACACACCACUCAGCAAUGCGUCUCUACUACCUGCUGAGUGGUCUUGCCCCGUAUGCAGGUGGUCUAGUGCCUCGACAGAGAACUCUACCUGUGCACGCACUAAUACUUCUGUCUGUAUGUGCGAUUCUGUGUGCUGGAGUGUUUGAAUACGGAGAUGUCUCGGCCUGAGAGUCUGUUUGCCAGCUCCCUCGCCUGGUUCUUCAGCACACCGCGCAGCUGCGCCUGCACACAUGCGAAUACGACUGCGUAUAUCAAAUUGGCGCGGCGGUCACGUCACCCACCUUUGUGAGGGGCUCGAACACCAUCACUGCAUCCAGGCGGUUCAAAAUUCUGCACAGGACACACAUGCUCGUACACGUGUCAUCUGUCGGCGUGCUUGACACACACCCGGGCGGAGAACGGCCUGAACGUCUUUAAUUGCCCGAGCCUUUGCCGCUUGCUUGGCCUUCUGCAAAGGCCCAUCCCAUCGUUACAUCUCGCUUUGGUGUGUGUGUGUGUCGUUGUGUGUGUGUGUGUGUGUGUGUGUGGAGAGCGACGCACGUUGUCACGGCCUUCGAAGACCCCCGCCACGGGGUGCCGAGUGCCGACGUUGGAUGUCAUGAUGAUGACCUGCACGUAUACCAU